AAGCAAAUACUUAAAUCAGCACAACUUUGUUAGUCAUAGUCACUCAAUAGUCACUCACUCGACUCUCUGCUGUUAACCGUGAAAUCUUUUCAGAAACUGUGAAAGCUUUUCAUUUCGCUUCUUGAACAAUCAUGUCUGCAAAAAUCUACGUUGGAAACUUGGACCGAGACACGAUCGAGGCCGACUUGCAGGACAACUUUGGCAAAUUUGGCCAUGUGAAGGAAGUGGUAAUGAAGGAGGGCUUCGCGUUUGUGCUCAUGGACGACCAGAAGGACGCCGACGAUGCCAUCAGGAGCCUCAACAAUACGAAGAUUGGUACAACUAGUAACACAAAAGUGGAACACCCGCGAGAACGCAGACCCGGUGGCGACAGGGGUGGUGGUGGUGGCGGCGGCGGCAGGGAGUGCUACACUUGUGGACGACCGGGACAUAUCGCCAGGGAUUGUAGGAGUGGAGGCGGUGGCGGUGGUGGACGAGGCGGUGGAGGUGACAGACGAGGUGGCGGCGGCGGAUAUGGCGGAAGCCGUGACGGCGGAUACGGCGGCGGAGGACGAAGCGGUGGUUCAUACGGAGGAGGUCGUGAUGGCGGCUAUGCCGGUGGACGAAGUGGAGGCAGCGGCGGUGGUGGUUAUGGAGGAGGCUCAAGCUACAGAUCUCGAAGCCCCGUCUCUGGAGGAGCUGACCGAUAUUAGCGCUCCAAGGAUAGACCAGGUCUGGUCAUCGUGGACUGCAAAUAACUUCAAACGCCACACUUUUUGUUCCCUGUUUUAUAUUAUCUCGUGUGCAUGAUUUUAAAAGACCGGCGUCGAAGAUAUUUCUACUGAGUCUUCUGUGUCUGUUUUCAAUUUCUCGUUGAUUGACCUGGGUGCAAUAGAUCUUAAUGUCCAAUUGAGCGAAUGAGUUGAUUUAAGGCUAAUUUAUGAUUACAUUCUUGUAGUCUGAUGAUGACAACUUUCCUAAUUCUGUUAUUUGAUGCGAUCUGUUAUGGUAUUUUACCAGUGCUCACAUACCUCAAGCAUAAGCAGUUGUUUUGUUAAGUUAUGUUACUACUCUUACCACACAUCGUUUCAAGCAGAAUUAAUUGAAUCUAUUUACUCGA